CGCCCGUCGGAAAAAGCCGAAGAGGCGGAACCUCCCGCUGAGGACGCACUUCCCUUUCCAGGCAGGAAGGGAGGGGGUGACUGAGCGGUUAGACCCACAAGACGCGCAUGCGCCGUUCACAGGCGGCCCCCUGGAGUGGAAUCGAGUUGCGGGAUUCGCCGCCCCGCCGGGAGUGCGCCUGCGCGAUCGCCGGGUCCCUCCACCUCUGCUUCCCCUCCCACUGUCGCCCCGCGGGGGCUCCGGGUCAGACGGGACCAUGUUCACCAGCACCGGCUCCAGUGGGCUUUACAAGGCGCCUCUGUCUAAAAGUCUUCUACUGGUCCCCAGUGCCCUGUCCCUGUUGCUGGCCCUUCUCCUGCCGCACUGUCAGAGGUUCUUCGUGUACGACCUCCAGUCAGUCAAGGACGACUUCCAGAUUUGGAGGCUGAUAUGUGGAAGAAUAAUUUGCCUUGAUUUAAAAGAUACUUUCUGCAGUAGUCUGCUUAUUUAUAAUUUUAGGAUAUUUGAAAGAAGAUAUGGAAGCAGAAAAUUUGCAUCCUUUUUGCUGGGUUCCUGGGUUUUGUCAGCCUUGGUUGACUUCAUCCUGGUUGAAGCUGUCUGGUAUUCCUUUGGUAUCACCGCGUCCAGGAAUUUGCCUUCUGGAUUCCUGGCACCUGUGUUUGCUCUGUUUGUACCAUUUUACUGCUCCAUACCGAGAGUCCAAGUGGCACAAAUUCUGGGCCCGUUGUCCAUCACAAACAAGACAUUGAUUUAUAUAUUGGGACUACAGCUUUUCACCUCUGGUUCCUACAUCUGGAUUGUAGCCAUAAGUGGACUUAUUUCCGGUGUCUGCUACCACAGCAAAGUGUUACAGAUUCAUCAGGUGCUCUGCAUCCCCAACUGGAUGGCAAAGUUCUUUUCUUGGACGCUUGAACCCAUCUUCUCAUCUUCAGAGCCCACCACCGAAGCCAGAAUCGGGAUGGGGGCCACAGUGGACAUCCAGCGACAGCAGAGAAUGGAGCUGCUUGAUCGGCAGUUGAUGCUUUCUCAGUUUGCACAAGCAAGGAGACAAAGACAGCAGCAGGGAGGAAUGAUCAAUUGGAAUCGUCUCUUCCCACCUUUACGUCAAAGACAAAAUAUAAACUAUCAGGAUGGUCGGCGGUCUGAACAGCAAGCAUCCCCUCCUCUGGAGGUUUCUGAGGAACAGGUUGCCCGGCUCAUGGAGAUGGGAUUUUCCAGAGGUGACGCUUUGGAAGCCCUGAGAGCAUCAAAUAAUGACCUUAAUGUGGCUACCAACUUCCUGUUACAGCACUGACAUCCCGGCCAACAACCCUGGGAGUGGCCAAGCUGCUCACCACAGCAGGCACCGUCCCCACUACUGCAUCAGCCCAAGGACCCAGCAUGGACCAUCUGGCGCUGAUGUUCUCAUGUCCUUCUGGGCACAGGGUGGCCCCGCUGCUGUAUUCCUUAAUUCCAAGAUCGUUCCUGUUGAGUAUUGAAAAUUAGUUUCAAUACUCUAAGUUUGCCGUUAAAUUAGCAUGUGUUUUCUAUUUUAUUUUCUUAUUGGGUUUUUUCCUUAGUUUGGAGAAUCGUCACUCGUUUCUAAUGUGUUUAAACUGCAUUAAAAUUGGAGAUAAUCGGAAAGCGGUUGAAUAGCACUCCAGAUGGGAAAUGACUGCUAUUGUAAUAGUAUUCUUUUUAUUAUAAUGCAUCAUCCUACAAUAUAACUGUUGAUAAGUGCUAUAAAUGAGAAAGGGGCAUAUUAUUCAGAAAGGACGUGUCAGAUUAUUCCUCGUGGACUUUCCUCAUCACUACCUUUUUUUUCUCAAGUUUGCUUUCAAACCCCAGUGGCUGUUCAGUGUCCACACCCCUGCAGGGGGAAGUACCUCUGCCACGCACCGCCCUGGCCGGGCCUAGGGGAGGAGGGAGGGGCAGAGCACUAAGCCCUACUCUGCACUGUUCAGCCAUCCCUGCCCAGGGACGUUUUCCCACCUCCUUCUCCCCACUUCUGUUAAAAAAUAACAAUAAUAAUCACCAAAUCUAGGUUCUGGAGUACUCCACAAAACUUAACUGGAGUUAGUUUUGCUCAGAGUAUCCACAGUUAUCUACUCAGGCUAGGGGUGAAAGUGGGACAAAUCGAAAACAAAGAACAGUGGGCAGGCUGGAGAAACAGUGCCUAAGCCGAGUGCUCAGCGACUGGCCUGGUGCGGGCUCAGCCCUAGAACAGAAGAGAAAGUGCUUUGGCCGUCAGCUGCAGGGCCAGCCCCUCGGGAUGCAGGGGAUGACGGGGACCUGUGCAUAAGGCACAGUAGGCUGCAGAGGGUGCCGUCACAGAGAGCGGUGGGAAGGCCAGAGGUGGACAAGCAUGAAAAGAUCUAAAGUAGGGUGACUCUUGAGAGAUUUAUGGAGAUUGUGCAAUGAUUGCGUUCCACAAAACGAGCAGAAAUAUAUCAAAUUGAUGUAAAUUUGGACAUGUAUGAUACAAUAAAGUUUUUCAUGUGUUUUC